AUGGAUCAAAAGAAAACACAAGAUCCUAAGGAGGAUCAUGGCCACUCCACUGGUGGAGAGGUAAAAGAGGAAAGUUUGCCCAAUCCGGACUUCAAGGCCACCGAAGAGGAGCUGAGGUUCCUUCGCGAGGCCAGCGCCUCAAAACAACCCGUUGCCCUGCUGCAGGAGUUGCUAUCCCGCCGCAGCCUCGUUCCCACCUACGAGCUGCUCCAGACCGAGGGAUCCGGUGCCGAGGUGAACUUCUGGUUUCGCGUCUUCUUCAAGGACAAGGAAGUCACUCACUUCGCCGUUGGUUCCGGGCGCUCCAAAAAAAUUGGCAAGCAUGAGGCUGCUCGGCUGCUCAUCGAAACCCUGACUGGAACACCCAACGGUGGUUCCAAUCGUCAAAAUACUUUAGAAAUCGUCGAUGAGCAUUCGAUCCGCGAUCUGAACGAGAUCUGCGUGAAACGCCGCUGGGCUUCCCCGGUUUACGAAUCAGAGGACAGGAUGCUCGAGGAGAAGCAGCACAGGGUCAUUUGCCUGGUCCAGGAGUUCAGCGAGGUGGGCACGGGAUGGACCAGGAAGGCGGCCAAGCGGAUGGCCGCCCAGAAAAUGUGCACUCGCCUACUGGGGAAUUCUGGUGAACCGAAGGAUCAUGGUGAACCGAAAAACCAGGCAUCGCAGCAAUCGCAGAAGAGCCCAAAAGCUCCAAUGGGACCAAAAAUGAUGGGCCUACGGAAGACCUGCCUGAAGAGCACCAAGAUUGACUUCAAGAAACUGCUGACCGAGAUCGCUGUGGAGAAUCAAUUUGAGGUCACCUACGUGGACAUCGAGGAGACCACCUUCUCCAAGCAGUUUCAGUGCCUGGUCCUCAUCUGCAUGGCGCCAGUGGGCGUCUGUCACGGCAGUGGUGCGUCGAUGGAGGAAGCUCGGAGGGAGGCCGCCAGGAAUGGCCUUGAAUACCUGAAGAUGAUCAUCCUUGGUGGCGAGAGUAUUGAAGAAGCGAUUGCCAAGCUCAACUGA